UCACUCGGUGACGUCACAGCGCCGUUCGCGGAAGUAGGGCAAAAGUCACGGCGGAGCGUUCCACGGCAGAUCCGCAGACUUGCACAGUUAAAAAAACACCACCUCAAACAUCAUAAAGACAAAAAACACACAUCAUCUGAAGAUGUCAACGCCUUUGACUUUCGACGGCAGAGUCGUGCUGGUGACCGGAGCCGGAGGAGGUUUGGGGAGGGAAUAUGCGCUGGCGUUCGGUCAGAGAGGAGCCUCUGUCAUCGUCAAUGAUCUGGGGGGAGAUAUUAAAGGAGGUGGCAAGAGCUCAGCGGCUGCUGAUAAAGUGGUGGAGGAGAUCAGAGCUAAAGGAGGCAAAGCUGUGGCCAGUUACGAUUCAGUGGAAGAUGGUGAGAAGCUCAUCCAGACGGCGCUGGAUGCUUUUGGCCGAAUAGAUAUCGUGGUGAAUAACGCUGGGAUUCUGCGCGACCGAUCGUUCGCCAGGACCAGCGACGUAGACUGGGACCUGAUUCACCGCGUGCACCUGAGGGGCUCCUUCCUCGUCUCGAGGGCCGCCUGGAACCACAUGAAGAACCAGAAGUUCGGGAGGAUCAUCAUGACGUCGUCCGCGGCAGGGAUCUACGGGAACUUCGGCCAGGCUAACUACAGCGCGGCGAAGCUGGGUCUGCUGGGGCUGUCCAACACGCUGGCCAUCGAAGGACAGAAGUACAACAUCCACUGCAACACCAUUGCUCCGACCGCAGGCUCCCGGCUCACUGAGACCGUCAUGCCUCCAGAUCUGCUGCAGUCGCUGAGGGCCGAGUACGUGGCUCCGCUGGUGCUGUGGCUGUGUCAUGAAGCGUGUCCAGAGAACGGAGGACUGUUCGAGGUCGGCGCCGGAUGGAUCGGAAAACUGCGCUGGGAGAGGAGUCUGGGUCGAAUCGUGCGGCAGAAGAACCAGAGCAUGACGCCGGAGGCGGUGCGAGACGCUUGGAGCGAGAUCUGUGACUUCACUGACGCCAGUAAACCCUCCAGCAUCCAGGAGUCGCUGCAGACGCUGGUGGAGGUUCUGUCCCGAGUGGAAGAUGAACGUGGGAUCAGAUCCAAUCCGACCGCAGCGAGCUCCGGCACAAACCCUUCGUCGGCUGUGGGUCAGACGAUGCCAGAGAUGGUCUUCUCGUACACACACAUGAACUGUAUCCUGUACGCUCUGGGAGUGGGGAUGUCCACCAGAGAGCCGGAGCACCUCAGGUUCCUGUAUGAAGGUCAGCAGGACUUCAGCGCUCUGCCCACGUUUGGAGUGAUUCCGGCUCUGAGCGCCAUGACGGGCCUCAGCAGCAUCCCGGGACUCGACAUCGACUUCACCCGGCUGCUGCACGGAGAACAGUAUCUGGAGUUGUUCGGAGCUCUGCCCACUUCAGGGACUCUGAGGUCUCGGGCCGUGGUGGCAGAUGUGCUGGAUAAAGGCUCAGGGAUGGUCAUCCUGCUGGACGUUCAUACGUACAGCGAGAGUGAGCUGGUGUGUUAUAAUCAGUUCUCGCUCUUCAUCGUCGGCGCUGGAGGAUUCGGAGGGAAGCGCACGUCCCAGAAGGCUGUGGCCACAGCUCCUCGUCCAGACAGAGCUCCAGACGCUGUGAUCGUAGAGCAGACCUCCAGAGAUCAGGCGGCUCUGUACAGACUGAGCGGGGACUGGAACCCGCUGCACAUCGACCCCAGCUUCGCUGCGAUGGGAGGGUUCGAGUCUCCCAUCCUGCACGGCCUGUGUUCGUUUGGCUUCGCUGCUCGGCACGUUCUGAAGCAGUACGCCGCUAACGACGUGUCCAGGUUCAAGGCCAUCAAGGUGCGUUUCGUGAAGCCGGUGUAUCCGGGACAGUCUCUGCAGACGGAGAUGUGGAAGGAAGGGAACAGGAUUCACAUCCAGUGCAAGGUGAAGGAGAGCGGAGACGUGGUGCUGUCUGGAGCGUAUAUAGAUCUGCAGACGGAUGUGUGUGUCAGCGCCGGGUCUCCGCAGAGCCUCAGUCUGCAGAGCGACCUGGUGUUCUCGGAGAUCGCUCGCAGGAUCAGAGACGGCGGUCAGGAGCUGGUGAAGAAGGUCAACGCUGUGUUCGGAUGGGAGAUCAGCAAAGACGGCAGAACCGUCCGAGAGUGGACCAUCAAUCUGAAGACGGAUGGAGGAUCUGUGCACAGAGGAGUCUCUAAAGCAGACGUGAUCUUCAGCGUCUCAGACGAGGACUUCAUGGAGGUGGUGAAGGGCAAACUGAACCCUCAGCAGGCGUUUUUCUCCGGCAAGCUAAAGGUCAAAGGGAACAUCAUGUUGAGUCAGAAGCUGGAGGCCGUGCUGAAGGACUACGCCAAACUCUGAAGAUCCUCGCCGUCGCUCAAAACUAAUGAAGAAGAAUCAUCUCCACUAAUGAGAGCCGUCAACUUCUGACCUGAAGAAAUCCUUCUCUUACUCAGUGUCUGUGUCUGGUGUUCUAGUAUAUAUAUCAGAACAUUCUUGAAUCAAGAUGCAUUUACUCUACAAGUGACAAUUUAAAAUGUUUUUUUUUUUUUUUUUAAGUGAUCAAAAUGUUAGUUUUGGCUUAAAACGAGCAGAAAUAUCUGCCAAUGGAGCAAGAAAAAUAAUCUUAUUUAGCCUCUGAAUUCAGAUACUUUUUCUUACAUUAUUGGUAAAUAUUUGCAUGGUUUAAGCAAAAACUUACACAAUAUGGGGUUGUUGUUUUUUUGUUUUUUUUAAGUCAUUUUACUUGUACAGUAAAUUCAUCCUGAUUCAAGAAUGUUUAGAUAUUUAUAUUAAUGCUGUCAA